CUGCCUCGAUAAGAAGCCUGCCCGGCGUUCCUCUCCCGGCUGCUCCGCGCUCCGGGCUCAGCCCCGCACACACGCACUGGAACCAUGAUCGCCGCCGCGUUCCUGGUUUUGCUGCGACCCUACAGCAUCCAAUGUGCCCUCUUCUUGCUCCUGCUCCUGCUGGGGACCAUUGCUACGAUUUUAUUCUUCUGCUGCUGGCACCGCAAGCUCCAGAAAGGGAGGCAUCCUAUCAAAUCCGUCCUUUCAGGGCGCUCAAGGAGCCGAGAUGCUGUAAUGAGAACUCAUCACUGUCGCUCCGAGGGUUUUAGACCAAGUCCUCGUCAUGCUAGAAGACGUGUAGCACCUCGUCUUGAAGAAACACAGCCUCUAGCGGAAGUACAUCUCUUGAGUGAACAAGAAACUUCCAUAAGGAAAAGAAAAAUCAAGAAAAACAGCAGAGUUCAGCCAGAAUUUUACCAUUCUGUUCAAGUCACACCAACUCGAAAACCUAGCUCUGGAAACGCCUCCUACCGAUGCUCCAUGUCUUCCUCUGCGGAUUUCUCCGAUGAAGAUGAUUUCAGCCAGAAAUCUGGCUCCGUGUCUCCGGCACCGGGGGACACACUGCCCUGGAACCUGCCGAAACAUGAGCGAUCCAAGCGGAAAAUUCAAGGCGGCUCCGUACUGGACCCAGCCGAGAGAGCGGUGCUUAGGAUAGCCGAUGAGCGGGACAAAGUACAAAAGAAAACCUUCACAAAAUGGAUAAAUCAGCACCUCAUGAAGGUUCGCAAGCAUGUGAAUGAUCUGUAUGAAGAUCUGAGGGAUGGACAUAACUUGAUCUCUCUUUUAGAAGUCCUUUCUGGGGAUACCCUGCCAAGAGAGCGAGAUUUUUUGAAGACCUUACGGUUGGUGAGUUCAACAGAAGCAUGCGCGUAUGAACAGCAUGAGGAUGUGGAGGAUGAGGAUAAGGGGCCCCGAGAGAAAGGUCGUAUGCGUUUUCACAGACUCCAGAAUGUACAAAUUGCACUUGACUAUUUGAAAAAACGCCAGGUGAAACUGGUAAAUAUUAGAAAUGAUGACAUAACAGAUGGAAAUCCCAAGUUGACUUUGGGGUUAAUAUGGACCAUAAUUUUGCACUUUCAGAUAUCUGACAUCCAUGUUACUGGACAGUCAGAGGAUAUGUCUGCUAAAGAGAGGCUGCUCCUGUGGACACAGCAGACAACUGAGGGUUAUGCUGGAAUUCGUUGUGAAAAUUUCACUACCUGCUGGCGAGAUGGAAAAUUAUUUAAUGCCAUCAUUCAUAAAUACAGGCCGGACCUGAUAGACAUGAAUACCGUUGCUGUUCAAAGCAACCUUGCAAAUUUAGAACGUGCUUUUUAUGUAGCAGAAAAACUAGGUGUCACCAGACUUCUGGAUCCGGAAGAUGUUGAUGUCUCCUCCCCUGAUGAGAAGUCAGUAAUAACUUAUGUGUCAUCACUUUAUGAUGCAUUUCCCAAAGUACUGGAAGGUGGUGAAGGCAUCAGUGCAAAUGAUGUUGAAGUCAAGUGGGUUGAAUACCAGAAUAUGGUGAACUACCUCAUCCAGUGGAUCAGGCACCAUAUCACAAUAAUGUCUGACAGAACAUUUCCGAACAAUCCUGUCGAACUGAAGGCACUUUAUAAUCAAUACUUACAGUUUAAGGAAACAGAAAUUCCACCAAAGGAGAUAGAUAAAUCAAAAAUUAAAUGUCUUUAUAAACUGCUGGAGGUCUGGAUAGAAUUUGGACGCAUCAAACUCCCUCAAGGCUACCAUCCAAAUGAUAUAGAAAAAGAGUGGGGAAAACUUAUUAUUGCCAUGCUGGAAAGGGAGAAAACCCUUCGACCUGAAGUAGAGCGGUUGGAGAUGUUGCAGCAAAUUGCAAACAGAGUUCAGCGGGACAUCCUGGGCUGUGAAGACAAACUGAUACUUGCUCGGAAUGCUCUGCAGUCUGAUUCCAAGCGAUUAGAAUCAGGGCUACAGUUCCAGAAUGAAGCAGAGAUAGCUGGAUAUAUACUUGAAUGUGAGAAUCUUCUGCACCAACAUGUAAUUGAUGCCCAAAUUCUUAUUGAUGGAAAAUAUUAUCAGGCAGAUCAACUAGUACAGAGGGUUGCUAAACUUCGAGAUGAUCUUCUGGCCUUAAGGACUGAAUGUUCUUCAAUAUUCAGCAAGGGGCACACACUGACAACAGAACAGACAAAGUUGAUGAUUUCAGGAAUAACACAAAGCUUAAACUCAGGAUUUGCACCAAACUUAAACCCUGAUUUAAACUCUGGAAUGACCCAGAGUUUAACUCCUACUUUGACUUCUUCCAGUCUGACAUCAGGCCUCUCAUCAGGUCUUACUUCAAGACUGACUCCGGCAAUCACACCAGCUUAUACACCUGGCUUUCCACCACGGGUAAUUCAAACCUAUGUAACAGGAGUUGACACCAAUGCACUGCAAACGCUAAAGCUGAUGCAAAUCCAAAAGCCCCUCAUGAAAUCAGCUUUUGUUGAUCAAAAUUUAACAGAAGAAGAAGUCAACAUGAAAUUUGUCCAGGACCUCUUGAACUGGGUAGACGAAAUGCAGGUGCAACUUGAUCGAACAGAAUGGGGCUCAGAUCUGCCAAGCGUUGAAAGCCAUUUAGAAAAUCAUAAAAAUGUCCAUAGAGCUAUAGAAGAUUUUGAAUCAAGCCUUAAAGAAGCUAAAAUCAGUGAGAUCCAAAUGACUGCCCCUCUUAAACUCAGUUAUGCAGAAAAAUUGCACAAACUGGAGAGUCAGUAUGCAAAACUCUUGAAUACAUCAAGAAAUCAAGAAAGGCACCUUGAUACCCUGCACAAUUUUGUGUCCCGUGCCACUGGAGAACUUAUAUGGCUGAAUGAAAAAGAAGAAGAGGAGGUCGCAUAUGACUGGAGUGAAAGAAACUCCAAUAUAUCAAGAAAAAAGGAGUACCAUGCAGAUUUAAUGAGAGAACUUGAUCAAAAAGAAGAAGUUAUUAAAUCAGUUCAGGAAAUAGCAGAGCAGCUACUCCUGGAAAAUCACCCUGCAAGGCUAACUAUUGAGGCCUAUAGAGCUGCAAUGCAGACACAGUGGAGCUGGAUUUUACAGCUCUGUCACUGUGUUGAACAACACUUGAGAGAAAAUGCUGCUUAUUUUGAGUUUUUCAAUGAUGCCAAAGAAGCCAUGGACUAUUUAAAGAAUUUAAAAGAUGCCAUACAGCGAAAGUACAGUUGUGAUAGGUCCAGCAGCCUUCAUAAACUGGAAGAUCUUGUUCAGGAAUCCAUGGAAGAAAAAGAACAACUCUUGCAGUACAAGAGCACAGUAGCUGGCCUUGUGGGGAAGGCAAAGGCAAUAAUUCAGCUGAAGCCAAGGAAUCCUGAUAGUCCACUCAAAACAUCCAUCCCAAUUAAAGCCAUCUGUGACUACAGACAAAUUGAGAUAACCAUUUACAAAGAUGAUGAAUGCAUAUUAGCGAGCAACUCCCAUCGUGCCAAAUGGAAAGUCAUUAGUCCAAGUGGUAACGAGGCCAUGGUUCCAUCUGUGUGCUUUACAGUUCCUCCACCAAACAAAGAAGCAAUAGACACUGCAAACAGAAUUGAACAGCAUUUUCAGAAUGUACUGGCCCUUUGGCAUGAAUCACAUAUAAACAUGAAGAGCGUGGUUUCCUGGCACUACUUGACAAAUGAAAUUGAAACUGUUCGAGCUGGUAAUGUUGCUUCGAUAAAGACAAUGUUGCCAGGGGAACAUCAGCAGGUUUUAAGCAAUUUACAGUCCCGCUUUGAUGACUUUCUGGAAGACAGCCAGGACUCCAAAAUCUUUUCAGGCUCAGAUAUAGCACAUCUGGAAAGGGAAGUUAAUGUCUGCAAGCAGUACUAUCAGGAGCUUCUUAAAUCUGCAGAAAGAGAAGAGCAGGAGGAAUCCAUUUACAAUCUGUAUAUCUCAGAAGUCAGAAACAUCAGACUUCGCUUAGAGAACUGUGAAGACUGUUUGAUCCGACAGAUUCGGACUCCACUGGAGAGGGAUGACCUACAUGAAAGUGUGUUUAGGAUCACGGAACAAGAGAAGCUAAAGAAAGAGCUGGAUCGACUCAAGGAUGAUUUGGGAAUGAUUACAGAUAAAUGCGAAGAGUUUUUCAGUCAAGCUGCUGGUUCACCUUCCGUCCCCACCCUCCGUUCUGAACUCAAUGUCAUCAUUCAGAAUAUGAAUCAAGUUUACUCUAUGUCUUCCAUUUACAUAGAAAAGUUAAAAACUGUUAAUUUGGUGCUGAAAAACACUCAAGGAGCAGAAGCGCUAGUAAAGCUUUAUGAGACUAAACUGUGUGAAGAAGAAGCAGUCACUGCUGACAAGAAUAAUAUUGAGAACCUUAUUGGUACAUUAAAGCAAUGGAGGUCUGAAGUGGAUGAGAAAAGAGAGGUAUUCCAUGCCUUAGAAGAUGAACUGCAGAAAGCCAAGGCGAUCAGCGAUCAAAUGUUUAAAAUGCAUAAGGAACGAGAUCUUGACUUUGACUGGCAUAAAGAGAAAGCUGAUCAGCUGUCUGAGAGAUGGCAAAAUGUUCAUUCUCAGAUUGAAAACCGGUUGCGUGACUUAGAGGGUAUCAGUAAAUCUCUGAAAUACUACAAAGAUACUUACCAUACACUGGAUACCUGGAUUCAGAAAGUGGAAGAUACUCAGCGAAAAAUUCAAGAAAACCAACCAGAAAACAGCAAAGCUUUGGCUAAACAGCUGAACCAGCAAAAGAUGCUGGUUUCUGAAAUUGAAAUGAAACAAAAUAAAAUAGAUGAAUGCCAGAAAUAUUCAGAGCAAUACUCAGCUUCAGUAAAGGAUUAUGAACUGCAGACAAUGACAUACAGGGCUAUGGUUGACUCACAACAAAAAUCCCCAGUGAAACGCCGGAGAAUGCAGAGCUCAUCUGACUUCAUUAUACAAGAGUUCAUGGAUUUACGAACACGCUAUACUGCUUUGGUGACCCUGAUGACCCAGUAUAUUAAAUUUGCUGGUGACUCUUUGAAAAGACUAGAAGAAGAGGAGAAGUCAAUGGAAGAGGAAAAGAAAGAGCAUGUUGAGAAAGCUGGGGAUUUACUGAAAUGGGUGUCAGACAUCAGCAAGACCCUCAGCAAGGGAGAAGGAGAAAAGGCUGAAAAGGCAGACUUGCCUAAGCAGCAGAUUUCCGCUGAUGAAAUAGUAACCAAGAGAGAACAAAUAUCUGAGGCUUUGCAGACUACACAGUCAUUUUUGGCUAAACAUAGUGACAAAAUGACGAUUGGAGAGAGAAAUGAAAUGGAAAGACAAGUGAAGUCCCUUCAAGAAGGUUAUAACCUCUUAUCUAAUGAAGCUUUGAAACAACUGCAGGGGGCACAAAAUGUAGGUGAUGAAAAGAUGGAGGAAAAGGUGGAUAAAGUUAUUGCUGGUAUCAUUGAUCAAACAACUGGAGAAGUCCUUUCAGUCUUUCAGUCUGUUUUAAAAGGUCUAAUUGACUCUGAAACUGGCAUUAGAUUGCUUGAGAAUCAGCUGAUUUUAUCUGGGCUAAUUUCACCAGAAUUAGGAAUAUGUUUUGAUCUCGAAGAAGCAAAAGUCCAUGAACUUAUUGAUGAACAAACUCUACUGCAACUACAGGAAUUAAAUAAUGCUAAGAAAAUUAUUUCAGAGUCAUCAUUCACAAAUCUUCCAGCUGUAGCUGCUUUAGAAGAAGGUAUUAUUCCAGAGACUCUUGCCAUUAAAAUUCUUGAGAUUCAGCUUUCCAGAGGAUAUCUAGUUAUGCCAGCUACAGGGGAGCAACUCACUUUGCACAAAGCUUUCCACAGGAACCUGGUUUCUGCAUCUUUAUUUUCAAAGCUUUUGGAAAAGCAAGACACAUGCAAAGAUCUCAUAGACCCCAACACUGCAGAAAAGGUUUCCCUGGAGGAGAUGGUUCAAAGAAGCGUAAUAAGUGAAGAAACAGGGUUAAGACUUCUACCUGUAAGACCGCAAGAAAGAGGUAGAAUAACUCUAAAAUGUGGAAGGCAGAUAAGUAUUUUGAGAGCAGCCCAUGAAGGUCUCAUAGACCGUGAAACCAUGUUCAGGUUGCUGGGAGCUCAACUACUGUCUGGAGGUAUAAUCGAACCUGACUCAGGGCGUAGAAUGACUGUGGAAGAAGCCAUGAGACAAGAGUUGAUUGAUCAGGACACUGCAUGUGGUAUUCUGACUCAUCAGAUUCAGACUGGUGGGAUAUUAUGCUCAAAUUCAUCUAAACGCUUAACUGUAGAUGAAGCCAUACAAUGCAGUUUAAUCUCAUCUAGCAGUGCACUCUUGGUACUAGAAGCACAGAGAGGCUUCAUUGGCCUCAUUUGGCCUCAUUCUGGUGAAAUAUUCCCCAUAUCUACUUCUUUACAUCAAGGGAUGAUAACAAAUGAACUGGCAGGCAAAAUACUAAAUAGCAGGCAGAAAAUAGCUGCAAUUUAUAUUCCUGAAACCUGUGAGGUACUCAGUCUAGAUAAUGCCGCACAGUUAGGGGUAAUAGAUGGUAAUACUGUAUCUGUUUUGAACAAUGUAGUUUUACCUGAUAAAAUGCCUAACAUGGAGGAUUUAGAGUCCUCUUGUAAAAAUGCUGCAAGAUGGUUAUCAUCUUAUGAAUUCCAGCCAUUUGCAUUUCAUGACCAUAGAGAGGAACAAGAAGUUUCAGGUACAGAAGAGCCAAUGCCUCAUAGUGUAGAGCAAACUAAAAAAUUAUUCAUGUCUUAUCUGAUGAUAAAUAGUUAUAUGGAUGCAAACACAGGGCAAAGACUUUUGUUAUAUGAUGGAGACCUGGAUGAAGCUGUCAGCAUGUUGUUGGAAGAUGAUGAUUCUGCGUCCAGUGCUGAUGUGACAGAAGGAGGAUUUAGUAACACAUAUGUAAACUCAAAAAGAACUGAUCUGAAACAACCUGACAAUGUCAUGUUUAAUAAUAUCACAAGCAAUGUCCUGCAUGAGUAUACAGGUAUACAGAAUACUUUUACUGACAGCAACUUAAAACAGCCUGAAGAAGAUAUUCAGAAUGAUAAAUGUUCAGAGAGAAAUGAUUUUCACAGUAGAGCAAAUGUCUUUAAUGCUAAUGGUUUUGAACAAUCAGAAUGUACAUUUAAUUCUUUGUUGUCUAAACCUGAAGCAGAAACUGGAAAUAUAGUGGGUAGCGCUCAAAACCCUGAGAAAGAGAAUGCAUUCAAAAGUUUUCAAGAAUAUCCUGAACAAACACAGAUGGAAUGGUGUGAGCAUAUGUAUCAGCAAGCAAACUCUGGAAAUGCAGAAAGGCAUCUUCCAAAAUAUUCACAAGGAAAUCUUAUUUCAAGAAUAGAUCAAGACAAACCCAGCAUGCCUGAUGGAAGAGAGAUCCUGGGUAGGGAAAGCAGGACUUUUAAAACUUCAGAAAAUUCCUUGGGUAUAGAGGAUUUAUCAGUUAAUAGUGAAGUCAGUGCUGUUCAAGAAAACAAUGCAAAGUGUGGUCCUCACAUUUUGCACUCUGAUGAUAAGAGUAUGUUAACUGAUAAAGAUAUGAAAAAAUGUGAUUUUCACAGAAGUCACAAUUCAUUCAGCCACACAGAUAUUGAAAACAGACUUCUAGGAGAACUUUCUGGUAAAGAAUUAGUGAGUCAAAUUGUUUAUAAUGAGCAUAAGCGUGGCAUGCUACAGUCUAAAGAGAAUGAGUAUGGCAGGCCAUCCCUUGAGGACUGUACCAAUAUGCCUGAUGGACUACUCCUGGAAGACAAUAAUGAUGUGCAUUACAGCCUUCUGUUGAAAAACAGUACUGAUACAUGUGGCAGGUCACCUCUGGGAGAGAGUAUUGGCAUGCAGGGCAGGGCUCUGUUGGAAGACACUACUCAUACACCUGAGGGGGCAUUGCUGGGAGACAGUACCAGCAUGCAUGGCAGGUCACUUCCGGGAAACAUUAUCAGUCUGCAUGGUGGGUUAUUCCUAGGGGACAGCAAUGCUAUAUAUGGCAGGUUAUUACUGGGAGAUAAUAGUAAUAUACCUGGUGAUCUGCUGCUGGGAGAGAGUGAUGGCACCCCACAGUGUGAAAAUAACUCUUUGCAGCAGGUUGAUGAUGAAGAUGAUGAUGCCUAUGACACUCCUCAGGUUGAUGAUGAAGAUGAUGAUGCCUAUGACACUCCUGAGGUUGAUGAUGAAGAUGGUGAUGCCUAUGACACUCCUCAGGUUGAUGAUGAUGAUGAUGAUGAUGCAUACAACACUCCUCAGGUUGAUGGGUAUGAUUCCUAUGACUCCCCUCAGAUUGAUGAUGAUUAUAGUACCUCUCAGCUUGAAGAUGAUGAUACUCCAGAGCCUGACAACACACCCUUAGGUGUCCAAGAAGAAAGAGAUGGGCUAGUAAAUGUGAGGGAAGAACCAAACACUUUUCAAGAUGUGAGUAAUACUGGAGAUAGUGUCCUGAGCAUUAGUGAAGUAAGUCAGACAGAUUCCUUUGAGAUGAUACAUAUGGCCUCAGGAAGUGCUGGAAUGUUAGAAGCCAUCUCUGAAGAGGAGACAGAAAACGCAGGGAGGGUGGAAGAGAAGGAGCAGACACUACCAGUCAUGAGAGAGAGUGAAGAAAGUGAGGAGAACGGCUUUAGUCCCUUAUUGAGGCUGCAUGAAGCUGAAGUGCAAGGAGACCGAUAUGAGGAAUGUGAAAUGCAAGCAAAAAGUGACUCUAAUGAGGAUGAGCAUGAAGAAAUGCAGGAGGAGGAGGAAGAAACUUAUGGUUAUAUGGAUUAUGAUAGUGAUAGUUAUGAUGGAACUGAUGAUGAUGAUGAAGAAGAAGAAGAAGAAGAAAUAAUGGAUAUUUAUUACUCACGGUUUAUGAAUAAAAACAUUGGUAUCCAGCUUUUUUCUCCUUCCAAAGAAAUGGAAGAUAGUGAUGAAUGUAGUCAGAAUAUUGAUGCCUUGGAUGGUUAUCUUCCUUUAAAGCACAUGGCAGUUGAUAAUAUUUUGCAGUUAGAUUCCAGCAGUCAAAAAAGUAAUCUAUGCUCUGAUAAAUCCAAUUUAAAAAAACAUAAAAAUGUAUCUGAUGUUUCUGAAGAAGGAAGUCUUGAUCUUACAGAUAAAACCAAAGAGGAAAGACAGCAAGAAAUUGAAAGUCCUGAGGAUUUGGUAGAAAGCAAACAUAUGUUUGAAGUUAUCACUGAAAAUAUCCAACCUGAAAGCAUCAUUGGCACUGAAUGGCUGUUAUCUAACAGUGAAGGAAGUCACCUCACACAGCAUACGACUCUAAUGCCUGAUCUUGGCAUGAAUGAUACCAUGGCAAUAGACCCUGCAGUCAUUCAGGAGGGAUCUGCGUGUGCAUCCCCAUCUGCUAUUGCUAAGCAAACUGGUGCUGCAAACAUUCACAUUCAAAUAGACUUUCUUCCUUCAGAAGAUCUGUUACCAGUUCAUAUCAUAACGAAAAAUGAGAACAAUAUAUCUAUGCCAUGUUCAAAUUAUGAGCAAAGACAGAGCACAGAGGAAGACAUACUCGUGAAGCACAUGUCAAAUAAUGUGACAGGCAUAGAACUGCUUGAGGUAAAUUCAUCCCAAAUGGAUAAUAAAGUAGUCAGACAUGUGCCUUAUGUGAAUGACAGUGAUAGUCUAGGUUCUUUCACUGACUUAGUACACCCAGUCACAAAUAAAGAACUUGGUCAAAUAGAAAUAGGUAUUGACAUUCCUAAACAAAAUAUAAACAUGGUGACUGUUAUAAAGGAAAGUCAUAUCCAGGAAUUGAGUAAAAGUCCCAUUCAUAUGGAAAGCCUUGGAGAAAUAUUUGAUGGAUCUAUUAAAACAGGUUGUGAAAUUGCUGUUUCAAAUGAAGAAAAAGUAAGUGUUGGACAAGCUUCAAGUGAUGCUAAAUCAAGACAUUACAAUGACUUUGAUACGGUGAAAUCAGAUGAAUUUAUGGAAGAGUUUGACCUUUCUGCUUAUUUAAAACAAUGUGCAAAAGGCCUAAAAGCAACAGAUAUUUCAGAACUGAAUAAGGCUGAUUCUUGUUACCUUAAGGAAGGUGAAACUGACGAAAAUUGUACACAGAAUGAAAAAGAGUUAGUGAAACCUGACUAUAUUAUUGAUAAGGGAGCACGGCAUCCAACCGAAUUAAACUCUAAUGCUCAAUCCUCUCCCCAGACAGUUACAGUAAAAUCAAAGGGAAUUAAUGUUACCAAAGAUAAUGAGGCUAUCAUCUCUCAAGAAACUGAUAAAGUUCUUACAGACAUUUCAGAAAAUGAUGUGAUAGUUAGUCAUGAAUUUGCCUUUAAGAAAGCUGACACAGAAGGAAGUACUGAGAAUGUCCAGGAGUCAGAGGAUAGUGCUGAAACCAGACAUUCUGGGAACCAUAGAGGUGCAGCAAGCUUUUCUUGUAGACCUUUGGAUAACAUAGGUGAUAGCUUGGAUAAUAUUGUGCAGAAGAAAUGUGAAACACUGGUUUGUUAUAAUGGAGUAAAAAACAUUAUGGAACAGAAUACUUUAGCCAACACGACUGAUGUAAUUGAAAAUGGUGUCAGGAAAGAAAAGCCUGUAGAAUCAUUUCACAAAGAAGUGAUGAUCUCCAAAGACUUGCAAGUAGAGGAGGGUAUGUCACAUUCUCCCGAAGUAUCUGACACACUAAUUAAAGAUUUAAAGAAUAUUUUAAAAACGAAAUUAAAAGAUGGCCAUGUUUUCUGCAAGCAGGAAGGUGAACCUUUAAAUUACUCUGACACAAAAUUUUUAAUGCAAAAUUUACUUAAAAUGAUUAGUUGCACACACUUGGAGAAUAAGACUUCCAGUGAGUCAAAUAUCAAGCAAACACGUGAUGACAUUAGCGCUACAGUAAUGGCUACCCCAUCCUGCAUAGAUCAAAAGGACUGUGAUAAUUUUCAGUUAUCUUGGCUUGAUAACAGGAGUCCUGACCUCCUCCUUGAUAUAUUGAAGCAAAACAACUGCAAUCAAAAGACUGAUGAUAAUGCAUAUGAAACAAGAAGUGAAGAAGCCCAGAAUGAAAGAGACCAAGAGAUAAAAGCCACAGCUCCUAAACUUAUUACUUCUCAGCUUGAACAAAUCUUCCAAAUCCCACCUGGAGAUGAAAGUUCAUACAGUUUUGAGGAAUUGAUGAGUGAUUUGGCAAAAGACUUGUUUACCAUCUCACAGACUGCUGAUAUCGCCACAGAUGAUGAGUGUGUAAGCAAAGCAGAGGAGCUGGGUACUCUUUGCUCAACAGAACUAAGAGAAUUUGGAUCAGAAACUCUCAGAGAGAAUUCAUUGGUUCAUAACACAGGUAUUAUUUUGGAAAAUAACCAGCAGCCUGAGAAGUCAGACAGUCCAUCCAAAAGCUUUUCUGAGGAUGUUCUGCAAAUGAAAGAAGCUGCCACAGGAGACAAUGCAGUAGGCAUGAUGUUCAGUGGAGUACAGCAGUGUUUAAAGUAUACAGAGAAACUGCGAGGACAUUUGACAAUGGUUCAAGAUAUGAAAUUCCACUUAGAUAAUCAGCAGCCUAUUAGUAACAACUUGGAAAUGCUAAAAACCCAACUUGAACAAUUAGAGUCAUUUGAAUCAGGACUGGCUACCUUUGCUGCUGUUCUAAAAAAAGAUAUGAAGUUGACAGAAGAGUUUUUAAGGUCUCGGCACAAAGAUGGUCCCAAAGAACAACUUAAAGAGCUAAAAAUAACAUUUGAAUAUUUACAGAAGGCCUUUUUUGUAGUCUGUGAUAUGUCUUCAAAGCGUGCAAAACAAAUAGUCUUUGCUGUUGACUCUGAAAUGUCUAAGCUUUCAAUAUUGCAUCAGGAACUUCUAAGCAGACUUCAGAAGUUUUCAGACCAGAUCACAGAAAACAGUAAAACUGUGAACAACCUGACAGUGAAAACUAGUGAUAUAGAAAAUGUGAAGCAAAGCUUACAACUGCUCAAGAACAAUUCAAAAGAGCUUGGCUGUAUGAAGAUACAACUGGACUCCAUAGCAUUUGAUGUUCAGUUCUUCAUUUCUGAACAUGCCCAGGAUCUUUCUCCUAAUCAGAGCAAACAGCUGUUGAGGCUCUUAAAUAGUACUCAGAAGUGUUUUCAGGAAGUACAGGAAACAAUCACAUCUCAGAUGGAAAGUUUAGAGGGACUGUUACAGACAGCACAAGAUCUUGGUGAUCAGAAGGAUGUGGCUGAGCAGCAGCAGGAAUGCAAGGAGAAACUACAGGAAAUAUGUGAUCUCUUUACGCAAACAGAAAAUCGACUCAUUGGUCACCAAGAAGCUCUUGUUAUCGGAGACAGCAAGGCUGAGUUAAAGCAAUACCAAACCAAACAAGAGGAGUUACAGAAACAUAUGCUGGCAAGUGCACAGGCACUGGCAGAGAUUGUGAAAAACACUGAGAUGUUCUUGAAAGAGAAUGGAGGAAAGCUGUCACAAGAAGACAAGACUAUUCUUGAACAGAAACUUAACGAAGCUAAGACAAAAUGUUUGCUGCUUAGCCAGAAGGCAGAAGAGUCCAAAAAAGUGCUGGAUAAAGCUGUGACUUCAGCUAUUAAGCAGGAAACAGAAAAGGUUGCCGCCAUAGAACAACUGGAAGAGAGUAAAAAUACAAUUGAAAAUCUCUUGGAUUGGCUGUCGAAUGUGGAUAAGGCAGCAGAGCAAGGGGAUGAGAAAUGGACGCUGGCAAUAGAACAGAAUGGAACUCAUUUUAAAGAAGGGGGUCUAAAGGCUUUGGAGGGAGAAGAAGAUGAAGUCAAUGGUAACCUGUUGGAACUUCAGCAACAGUCUGAAACCCAUGUAGAUGGCAGAGUAAAACUCACAGACAGUAACCUGAACCAGCAGUGUCAGAAAGUCAAGGCUCAACAUGAGAAAAUUAUUUCUCAGCAACAGGCUGUUAUAAUAGCAACUCAGUCUGCCCAAGCGCUACUUGAGAAACAAGGCCACUACCUUUCCCCUGAAGAAAAAGAGAAGAUGCAAAGGAACAUGAAGGAACUGAAAGUCCAGUAUGAAACUGCUUUAGCUGAAUUGGAAUGGAAAAUGAAGUUAACGCACUCUCUGCAGGAAGAACUUGAGAAAUUUGAUACAGACUACAGUGAGUUUGAAAGCUGGCUGCAGCAGUCAGAACAGGAACUUGAAAACCUGGAGGCUGGUGCUGCUGACUUCACUGGUAUCAUGACCAAGCUCAAAAGGCAAAAGAGUUUUUCAGAAGAUGUUAUUUCUCACAAAGGUGACUUACGGUACAUUACAAUUUCUGGACAGAGGGUGUUAGAUGCUGCUAAAUCUUGGAGUAAAAAAGAUGGUGUCAAGGUUGACAAAGAUGGUAUUGAUACUUCAGCUACUUACAUGGAGGUGCAAAGUAAACUGGAUAAUGCUUCAGAUCGUUUCAAAUCUCUUUAUACUAAGUGUGGUAUCCUUGGAAAUAACCUCAAAGACCUGGUAGAUAAAUACCAGCAUUAUGAAGAAGCCUCAUCUGGGCUUUUGUCAGGUCUCCAGACCUCUGAAGUUGCUGUGAACAAACAGCUGUCUGAGCCAAUUGCAGUGGAUCCUAAGAACCUCCAAAGGCAACUAGAAGAAACCAAGGUUCUCCAGGGGCAAGUGUCUAAUCACCAGGUUGCUGUAGAGAAACUGAAAAAAGCUGCUGAAGUGCUUUUGGAUACCAGGGGAACUUUACUACCAGACAAAGAUGAAAUCCAGAAAACACUGGAUGACAUUGUUGGCAGAUAUGACAGUUUAUCCAAGUCUGUGAACGAACGGAAUGAGAAGCUCCAGAUAACAUUGACUCGUUCCCUCAGCGUGCAAGAUGGUUUGGAUGAAAUGCUUGACUGGAUGGGAGGUAUUGAAAAGAGCCUUGAAGAACAAGGUCAAAUGCCUUUGAAUUCUGCUGCUAUUCAGGAUAUCAUUAGUAAAAAUAUUAUGCUAGAGCAAGAUAUUGCAGGUCGCCAAAGCAGUAUAAAUGCUAUGAAUGAAAAAGUGAACAAAUUCAUAGAAACAACAGAUCCAUCCACUGCCUCCUGUCUGCAAGCUAGAAUGAAUGAGCUCUCUGUACGGUUUGCUGAAGCAAGUACCAGACACAGAGGGAAACUUGCAAAGAUGGAGGAAUUAAAGACCAAAGUGGAGUUGUUUGAAAGCCUGUCAGAAAAACUUCAGUCAUUUUUAGACAAGAAAACUCAGGCUCUCAAUGAGACUGAUGCUCCAGGAAAGGAUGUUACUGAAGUGUCUCAAUAUAUGCAGGAAACUAGUACAGCAUUGAUAGAUCAUAAAAAAGAUCUUGAAGUUUUGCAUCAGCUUCUUGAAGAGCUUUCUGUCCAUGGUCUCCCUGGGGACAAAGCACUGGUUUUAGAAAAGUUAAAUGGCUUGACAAAGAAGUUCAAGGAAGUGGAAGAGACUGUGAAGGAAAAAGAAGAGGAUGUAUCAUCUUGUCAGGAACAAAUGGAUACUUUCAAGCUCCUUGUAGAAUCUUUAAAGAAAUGGAUGAACGAGACAACAGAUAGGAUUCCAGCUGUGCAACCCUCUUUAAGUACAGAGGAUUUAAAGAAAUCAUUGGAAGAUAUUAGGAAAUUAGAAGAGGAAUGGACUUUAAAAGCACCUGAAAUUCAGAAAAUGAAGAGCAGAGGAACGUCAUUAUGUAACCUAAUCAGUGCUGUGACUUCCCCUGCCAAAUGCAGGGCAGCUUCAAAAGCAGGUGGAAUAGUAUUAAAUGGUGAAGGAGCAACUUCAGGUACUCAAGGUUUCCUGACAAAUAAAGAACUGACAGCUGUUCAACAGGCUAUGUCAGAUGUAAAUCACAGUUACGAAGAUUUGGGAGCUUUACUGAAGGAAAAGAUUUCAGAACUGGAAAGCAUGCUUUCAAAGAUGCAAAAUGUUCAAGAUGAAUCAAACUCAGUAAUGCAGUGGCUGCAAAAAAUGGAUAAGGCUGCCGCAAGCUGGGAAGUAGCUCCUACUGAUAGUGAAGCUGUUAGAGCACAAGUAGAACAACAUAAGCUAUUUGAAACAGAAUUGAAGCAAAGUGAAAAUAAAGUACAGGAGCUGAAGGACAAAGUGACAGAGCUGUUGGAGAAGAAUCCAAAUUCUCCUGAGGCAUCCAAAUGGAAACAGAUGUUGGAUAAAAUAGAUUCCAAAUGGAAAGAACUUAAUCAGGUUACAGCUGACAGACGACAAAAUCUUGAAGAGUCCUCAAAUUACCUGACCCAGUUCCAGACAACAGAAGCUCAGUUAAAGCAGUGGCUUAUAGAGAAAGAGCUCAUGGUCAGUGUGCUUGGACCACUGUCAAUUGACCCAAAUAUGCUGAAUACACAGAAGCAGCAGGUCCAGAUUCUGCUUAAGGAAUUUGAUACCAGAAAGCCUCAGUAUGAACAGUUAACCACAGCUGGUCAGGGGAUACUGAAGAGACCAGGAGAACAUCCUCCCUCUCAUGAAGUUGUGAAAAAGCAACUGGCAGCUGUGGCACAAAAAUGGGAUGGUCUAACAGGACAACUGAGUGACAGAUGUGGUCAAAUUGACCAAGCCAUUGUCAAAAGCAGAGAGUAUCAGAGCCUUCUGAGAAGCCUGUCUGAUAAGCUAUGUGCCUUGGAUAAUAAACUGUGCAGCACCCUGGCUGUGCGCACACACCCUGAUGCUAUGAAACAGCAGUUGGAAAUGGCUCGAGAAAUGAAACAGGAAAUAGAACAGGAAAUGAAAAAUAUAAAAGUGGCUCAGGCCCUUUGUGAGGAGCUGUCAGCACUGGUGGGAGAAGAGUACUUGAAAGCUGAACUUAUUAGGCAAUUGGAAGGCAUCGUAAAACCAUUUACGGAUAUUGAGCAGAAAGCGGCUAAUCACAUCCAGCAACUUCAAUCAGCAUAUGCUACUUCUCAUCAGUUCCAGCAAAUGUCUAAGGACUUUCAGACCUGGCUGGACAAAAAGAAAGAAGAACUGAACCAGGCUCACCCUGUAUCGGCCAAGCUUGAGUCCCUGCAGUCGUUAAUUGAAGAGCAGAAAGGUUUUAAGCAGACCUUGUCUGACCAGAUUAGUUCCUAUGAAAAAAUUGUUGCAGAAGGUGAAAGGCUCCUACAGAAGACUCAAGGAGCUGACAAGACAGAGUUGCAGUCUCAGCUUGGCAUGCUCAAAAGUAACUGGGAUGAAAUGAAUAAGCAAAUAAGAGAAAGGCAAGAUAAGUUAAGUACUUGUCUGGAGAAAGCCCUCAAGUACAAAGAACAUGUAGAAAACCUGCAACUCUGGAUAAAGAAGUGCCGAAAUAACCUGUCUGAGGUAAAGAUUGUCAUAGAUCCUGUUGAAAUAGAGAAUUCUAUUGCUCAGGUGAAGGCCUGGCAAAAGGACUUGGACAAACACCAUAGCAUGGUGGAAUUAUUAAAUAAUGCAGCCGACAGUUUGCUCAAUGCCAGUGAAACAGAUAAAGAAAGCAUUACAGAAGAGAAAGUGGCAUUGAACCAGAAAGUGGAUAUGGUCACAGAGCAAUUACAUAGUAAGAGGGAGUCCUUGGAAAACAUGGCACAAAAGUUAAAAGAGUUUCAGGAAUCAUCCAGAGAAACCCAAAGGCAACUUAAAGGUGCCAAAGAGCAGCUAGAAGCUCAUGAUGCUCUUGGAGCCCAGGCUUGUAGUAACAAACACUUGACAAUGUUGCAGAGCCAGCAGAAAACACUUCAGACUUUAAAGCCUCAUGUGAACUUGGCCAAAAAACUUGCCCAAGAACUGGUUGUAGAAGCUUCCAGUUCAGAAGGUGUUUCUGUCUUCUUGUUGCAAGCUGAGUCUUUAGAGCAAGAAUACAGUACAGUCAGCCAGCAGGUUGAAGACAAGUGUUCAUUCUUAGAGACCAAACUUCAGGGAAUUGGCCAUUUCCAAAACAACAUCAGAGAGAUGUUUUCUCAGUUUGCAGAGUUUGAUGAUGAGCUCGAUAGCAUGGCUCCAGCAGGAAGAGAUCUGGACACUCUGCGGUCACAAAGAGAGGAUAUCAACAAUUUCCUCAAAAAGCUGGAAGAUCUUAUAACAAGUAAUGAAAAUGCCAAUAAAACCUGUAAAAUGAUGUUAGCCACUGAAGCGUCUCCUGAUCUUGUUGGUAUAAAAAGGGACUUAGAGGCUUUAAGUAAACAAUGCAAUAAGUUACUGGACAGAGCAAAAGCCAGAGAGGAACAAGUGGAAGGAGUUAUUAGUCGUAUUGAAGAGUUUUAUAGUAAGUUAAAAGAAUUUUCCAGUCUGCUUGGGGGAGCUGAAGAACAUGAAGAAUCUCAAGGUCCUGUUGGAAUGGAAACAGACAUUAUUAAUCAACAGCUGAAUAUAUUCAAGGUAUUCCAGAAAGAAGAGAUUGAACCACUGCAAGUUAAACAACAGGAGGUAAAUUGGUUAGGCCAAGGCCUUAUUCAAAGUGCUGCUAAAAACGCUAGCACCGAGAACCUUGAGCAUGACCUUGAAGAUGUUAACACCCGAUGGAAGACUCUCAAUAAGAAGGUUGCUCAACGAGCUGCUCAGCUGCAAGAAGCUCUUCUCCACUGUGGAAGGUUCCAGGAUGCCCUUGAAUCUCUGCUUAGCUGGCUCAUUGAUACAGAAGAUCUAGUAGCCAAUCAGAAGCCCCCAUCUGCUGAGUUCAAAGUUGUGAAGGCCCAGAUACAGGAACAGAAACUUCUCCAAAGGUUACUGGAUGACCGCAGACCUACCGUUGAGGUAAGCAAGCGCGAAGGGGAGAAAAUUGCAGAGUCAGCAGAACCUGCUGAUAAAGUGAAGAUCUUGAAGCAGUUGAGUCUCCUGGAUAGUAGAUGGGAUGCAUUGCUCAGUAAAGCUGAAACAAGGAAUCGUCAGUUGGAAGGUAUCUUAGUGGUAGCACAGCAAUUCCAUGAAACUUUAGAACCCCUGGUUGAGUGGCUGACCACCACUGAGAAAAGGCUUGCAAAUUCUGAACCCAUUGGAACACAAACUUCUAAACUGCAGCAGCAGAUUGCUCAGCAUAAAGCAUUAGAAGAUGACAUCCUUACUCGCAAUAAAAGUUUACAUAUGGCUAUUAGCAUUGGUCAGUCUCUUAAGACUAUGAGCUCCAGAGAGGAUAAAGAUAUGGUGCAGGAAAAGCUAGAUUCUUCCCAAGCCCGAUAUAUUGAGAUUCAAGAGAAGAGUAACAGCUGGUCUGAGCUGCUCCAGCAAGCCUAUUGCAAUGCUCAGAUUUUCGGGGAAGAUGAAGUUGAAGUGAUGAACUGGCUGAAUGAAGUACAUGACAAACUGAGCAAAUUGUCAGUCCAAGAUUACAGGACAGAUUCACUCAUGAAACAACACGCUGACCUGCUGGUGCUUCAGGAAGAGAUUCUACUCAGAAAACAAAAUGUUGAUCAGGCUAUACAAAAUGGCUUAGAGCUUCUCAAGCAAACAACAGGUGAUGAAGUUGUAAUAAUUCAAGAUAAAUUGGAAGGCAUUAAAGCAAGGUACAAAGAUAUUACUAAAUUGAGUUCUGAUGUAUCCAAGACUUUAGAGCAAUCUCUGCAGCUUGCAGGUCAACUGCAGUCCACUCAUGAGGAACUCUGCAUAUGGCUUGACAAAGUGGAAGUGGAAUUGCUUUCAUAUGAUGCUCAGAUCCCCAAGGGAGAAGAAUUAAGCGCAGUACAAGAAAGACAAAAAGAGUUGAAAAAAGAAGCAAAGAACAACAAAGGCUUAUUGGACACCCUCAAUGAAGUCAGCAGUGCCUUGCUGGAACUGGUGCCAUGGAGGGCAAGAGAGGGGUUAGACAAAAUAGUGACUGAGGACAAUGAGCGGUACAGAUUAGUGAGCGACACGCUAACUCAGAAGGUGGAGGAGAUUGAUGCUGCCAUUCUAAGAUCACAGAAGUUUGAUCAAACAGCUGAUGCAGAAUUAGCCUGGCUUGCAGAAACUGAAAAAAAAUUGAUGUCUCUGGGUGAUAUUAGGCUUGAGCAAGACCAGACCGCUGCUCAGCUACAAGUUCAAAAGGCAUUUACCAUGGAGAUUUUGAGGCACAAGGAUGCUAUAGAUGAACUGGUUGAAACUGGGGAUGAGAUUAUGAACACAUGCACUGAAGAGGAGAAACAGUCCAUGAAGAGAAAACUGGAAAGCCUCUUACAGAAAUGUGAUACGGUCUGUCAAAUGAACGCUGAGAGGAACCUCCAACUGGAACGUGCUCAAUCCCUGGUUAACCAGUUCUGGGAGACUUACGAAGAGCUUUGGCCGUGGUUAAGCGAAAUAGAAAUGGUCAUCUCGCAGCUUCCUGCUCCAGCUCUUGAAUAUGAAACUUUAAAGCAACAGCAAGAAGAGCAUCGGCAACUGCGUGAGCUGAUUGCUGAACACAAGCCUCAUAUAGAUAAGAUGAACAAAACUGGCCCUCAGUUGUUGGAGUUGAGCCCAGGAGAAGGUUUUUGUAUCCAAGAGAAAUAUGUGGCGGCUGACACCCUUUACAGUCAAAUUAAAGAAGAUGUCAAAAAGCGAGCACUAGCACUGGAUGAAGCCAUUUCUCAGUCUACUCAGUUUCAUGACAAGAUAGAUCCAACCCUCGAGAGUCUGGAGCGCAUAGUUGAACGUCUGAGGCAGCCACCUUCAAUCUCAGCUGAGGUUGAGAAGAUUAAAGAGCAGAUCAGUGAAAAUAAGAAUGUGUCAGUAGAUCUGGAAAAACUUCAGCCUGUAUACGAGACACUCAAACAGCGUGGGGAGGAAAUGAUAGCUCGCUCAGAGGGAGCUGAUAAGGAUAUAUCUGCUAAAGCUGUUCAGGAUAAAAUUAAACAAAUGAUCUUCAUCUGGGAAGACAUCCAGGCCUUGACCGAGGAAAGGGAGGCCAAAUUGCUGGAUGUGAUGGAGCUGGCUGAAAAGUUCUGGUGUGAUCACAUGGCUCUUGUAGCCACUAUAAAAGAUACUCAGGAUUUCAUCCGAGAACUGGAGGGACCUGGAGUUGACCCCUCUGUAGUCAAACAACAGCAAGAGGCUGCAGAGGCUAUCCGAGAAGAAGUUGAUGGACUGCAGGAAGAACUCGAUAUGGUGGUAAACUUAGGUUCUGAACUUAUAGCUGCUUGUGGAGAACCUGACAAGCCUAUUGUCAAUAAGAGCAUAGAUGAGCUGAAUUCAGCUUGGGAUACUCUAAACAAAGCAUGGAAAGAGCGGAUAGACAAACUUGAUGAAGCCAUGCAAGCUGCUGUUCAGUACCAAGAUGGACUGCAGGCAAUAUUUGACUGGGUAGAUAUUGCUGGCAGUAAAUUAGCUUCAAUGUCACCAGUUGGAACAGAUCUAGAAACAGUGAAGCAGCAAACUGCAGAACUGAAGCAAUUUAAAACGGAGGCUUAUCAGCAGCAAAUAGAAAUGGAAAGGUUAAAUCAUCAAGCGGAACUGUUGUUGAAGAAGGUUACAGAAGAAAGUGACAAGCACGCUGUUCAAGAACCCCUUUCAGAGCUCAAACUGAUGUGGGUCAAUCUAGAGGAGAAAAUUAUUAACAGACAGCACAAGUUGGAGGGUGCUUUGUUAGCUUUGGGGCAAUUCCAACAUGCCCUGGAUGAAUUACUGACAUGGCUGACGCACACAGAAGACCUGCUGAAUGAACAGAAACCUGUGGGUGGGGACCCCAAGGCUAUUGAAAUUGAACUUGCCAAACAUCAUGUGCUACAAAAUGAUGUGUUAGCUCAUCAGUCCACUGUGGAAACAGUUAAGAAAGCAGGAAAUGACUUGAUUGAAUCAAGUGCUGUUGAAGAAGCAAGCAAUCUACAGAGCAAGUUGGAACUUUUAAAUCAGCGCUGGCAAAAUGUGUUGAAAAAAACAGAACAAAGGAAACAGCAGCUGGACAGUGCCUUGAUCCAGGCUCAAGGUUUCCAUGGUGAAGUUGAAGAUAUGCAGCAAUGGCUGACAGACACCGAACGUCAGCUUUUGGCAUCAAAACCUGUUGGAGGUUUACCAGAAACUGCAAGAGAGCAACUUAAUACCCACAUGGAACUCUGUGCUGCCUUCGAAGCCAAAGAAGAGACGUACAAGUGUCUGAUGCAGAAAGGCCAGCAGAUGCUUGCAAGAUGCCCAGGGUCUGCUGAGACAAAUGUUGAGCAAGAUAUAAAUAACUUAAAAGUAAAAUGGGACUCAGUACAAACAAAACUCAGCGAAAGAAAGGCCAAACUGGAAGAAGCCCUGAAUUUGGCUAUGGAGUUCCACAACUCACUUCAAGACUUCAUCAACUGGCUUACCCAGGCAGAGCAGACUUUGAAUGUGGCUUCUCGGCCAAGUCUCAUCUUGGACACUGUCUUGUUUCAAAUUGAUGAACACAAGGUCUUUGCUACGGAAGUGAAUUCUCACCGAGACCAGAUCAUAGAGCUGGAUAAAACUGGAACCCAUCUGAAAUAUUUCAGCCAGAAACAGGAUGUUGUCCUUAUUAAGAAUCUGCUGAUUAGUGUACAGAGUAGAUGGGAAAAAGUGGUUCAGCGCUUAGUGGAAAGAGGAAGAGCUUUGGAUGAUGCAAGGAAACGAACGAAACAGUUCCAUGAAGCCUGGAACAAACUUAUGGCAUGGUUGGAAGAGUCAGAGAAGUCAUUGGAUUCAGAGCUCGAAAUUGCAAAUGAUCCAGACAAAAUAAAGCUGCAGCUUACACAGCAUAAGGAGUUCCAGAAAUCUCUUGGAGCCAAGCAUUCUGUGUAUGACACCACAAACAGGACUGGACGCUCCCUCAAAGAGAAAACCUCUCUGGCAGAUGACAAUUUGAAACUGGACGAUAUGCUAAGCGAGCUCAGAGACAAAUGGGAUACAAUCUGUGGAAAAUCUGUGGAAAGACAAAACAAACUGGAGGAAGCCCUGUUAUUUUCAGGACAAUUUACUGAUGCUCUGCAGGCUCUCAUCGACUGGCUGUAUAAAAUUGAACCUCAGUUGGCAGAAGAUCAGCCAGUGCAUGGAGACAUCGAUUUGGUGAUGAACCUGAUUGAUAAUCACAAAGUCUUCCAGAAGGAGCUGGGGAAGAGGACAAGCAGUGUCCAGGCUCUGAAACGCUCUGCUCGGGAACUCAUAGAAGGCAGUCGUGAUGACUCCUCCUGGGUAAAGGUCCAAAUGCAGGAGCUAAGCACUCGCUGGGAGACGGUCUGCGCCCUGUCCGUAUCCAAGCAAACACGAUUGGAACAGGCCCUCCACCAGGCAGAGGAAUUUCACGCUGUUGUCCAUUGUCUUUUGGAGUGGCUGGCUGAGGCAGAGCAGGCCCUUCGUUUCCAUGGAAUCCUCCCAGAUGAUGAAGAGGCUCUACGAACACUAAUCGAUCAGCACAGGGAAUUCAUGAGGAAGCUGGAGGACAAAAAGGCAGAACUAAAUAAAGCAGCAGGUAUGGGAGAAGCCAUCCUGGCUAUUUGCCACCCAGACUCCAUCACUACCAUUAAGCACUGGAUAACAAUCAUCAGAGCCAGAUUUGAAGAGGUAUUAGCAUGGGCAAAGCAACAUCAGCAGAGACUGGCAGGAGCCCUGGCUGGACUUAUUGCUAAGCAGGAAUUGUUGGAAGCCUUAUUGUCCUGGUUGCAGUGGGCAGAGACUACUCUUAGUGAAAAAGAUAAAGAGGUCAUCCCCCAGGAGAUCGAGGAUGUUAAAGCACUCAUAGCCGAACAUCAGACGUUUAUGGAGGAAAUGACCAGAAAACAGCCUGAUGUGGAUAAAGUCACAAAGAUCUACAAAAGGAAGGCAGUUGAAUCCACUCCAAUACAGUCUCAUAUUCCUGUGCUAGAUAAAGGGAGAACAGGAAGAAAACGUUCCCCAACAGCAGGCAUGUAUCCAUCAGGAACACAGGCACAAAUUGAAACCAAGAAUCCAAGGAUAAACCUAUUAGUCAGCAAAUGGCAGCAAGUCUGGCUUCUAGCCUUGGAAAGAAGAAGAAAAUUAAAUGAUGCUUUGGAUAGACUAGAAGAGCUAAGGGAAUUUGCCAACUUUGAUUUUGAUAUUUGGAGGAAAAAGUAUAUGCGAUGGAUGAAUCAUAAGAAAUCUCGAGUAAUGGACUUCUUUAGGAGGAUUGAUAAAGAUCAGGAUGGAAAGAUAACAAGGCAGGAAUUUAUUGAUGGAAUUCUUUCUUCAAAAUUCCCUACCAGCCGGCUUGAAAUGAGUGCAGUGGCAGAUAUCUUUGAUAGAGAUGGUGAUGGGUACAUUGACUACUAUGAAUUUGUAGCAGCACUUCAUCCAAACAAGGAUGCAUACAAGCCUCUUACAGAUGCUGACAAAAUUGAAGAUGAGGUUACAAGGCAGGUAGCUAAAUGUAAAUGUGCAAAACGAUUCCAGGUGGAGCAGAUUGGAGAUAACAAGUACAGGUUCUUCCUGGGAAAUCAGUUUGGUGACUCUCAACAGCUGCGUCUGGUUCGCAUCUUGCGAAGUACAGUAAUGGUUCGUGUUGGAGGUGGCUGGAUGGCACUGGAUGAAUUCUUAGUAAAAAAUGAUCCUUGCAGGGUUCAUCAUCAUGGGAGUAAAAUGUUACGUUCGGAAUCAAACUCUUCAAUUACCACUCAGCCUACCAUAGCUAAAGGGAGGACAAACAUGGAGCUGCGUGAAAAGUUCAUUUUGGCAGAUGCUGCAAGUCAGAAUGUUGCUGCUUUCCGUCCAAGAGGUCGUAGAUCGCGACCUUCUUCAAGGGGCGCUUCUCCCAACAGAUCUGCUUCUAUAUCAAGUCAGGCUGGCCAGGGAGCUUCACCACAAGCAGUUGCUACAAGUACACCCAAGACACCCCAUCAUUUAACACGCAAUUAUGGUAAACCAUGGUUGACAAACCGCAAAACGUCAACUCCUUCUAAACCAUCAGAGUCCUCAGAAUAUCAAGGGUCAUCUUCAGAGGGAACACCAAUACAAGGGAGCAAACUUAGACUACCAGGAUAUCUGUCAGGGAAAGGUUUCCACUCUGGAGAAGACAACAGCCUAAUAUCAACAGCAGCUACCAGAGUUAGAGCGCAGUUUGCAGACACCAGAAGGACUCCAAGUAGACCUGGAAGCCGAGCAGGAAGCAAGGCUGGCAGUAGAUCAAGUAGCCGCCGAGGCAGUGAUGCAUCUGACUUUGACAUUUCAGAAAUCCAGUCUGUGUGUUCAGAUAUGUCAGAGACUGUUCACAAUGCAAGCAGACCACAGCCCCGAGCAGGUUCUCGGCCAGCAUCAGGCAAGCCUUCCAAAAUUCCAACUCCCCAAAGGAGGCCACCAGUCAGCAAAUUGGACAAGUCCUCCAAGAGAUAAUGUGAUCAGCUCCAUAAAGGUCUUUGCCUUGUGCAUUAAAUAUUUAAGUUUGUAAGAUGUAAAAUAUUAUGUAGAAAUUAUUGUGAAAUAUUGCAAGAGGUGGAUUUUUAAUUCUGCAGAUGGCCUUAUUUGUGUAUUUGUCUUUUUAUUUUGUGUGUAUAAUUUGUCAGAUUUUGUUUAUGCCAUAUCCUGUGUGAAAGGGAAAAGAGUUUUAAUGUAAACUAACAAUUGUACACAGUAAUGUGUAGAAAGUACACUAAAACAAUUCCCAAACGUGCAGUGUACUGAAUGUACAGUUAAGUCUCUGCAACCUCAGUCAAAUAGGCCUAUCACUCCAUCAUUAGUUAACAGGAAAGGAUACCUCAUGAUUUUUCUUUAAAAAAAAAUAAAAAUAAAAAGCCAAAAGACACAAUUACACAUUUUGAGCUAACUAACGAACACUAAAGGAUGUAUGUCAAACUCACUAAGGAAUAAACAACACAUUCACACUACAAUUAUUUAUGCAGCAUCUCUUGGAGAACUCACAGAAAGUUACUUACGCACUUGUCAGUCAUACAAUACUCCAAUAUCUUGCAGCAUUUCUGUGCCAUUGCUUUAAAUGAGGCCAGACACGCUCUGGGUAUUAGAACUACUAUACUGUAAGAAUUCAAUAUAAAGUGCAUUCAUGUAAAUGUGAGGUUUUCUUUUGCUUGAGUGGAUGAUAGCACUGUAUCAUUGAACUCAUUUUGUAUCAAAGCAAUUUUGCUUGCAGAAAGCUAUGAAAUAAAACAUGUCCCUUAAC